CUCGCUCGGCGACCGGAAGUUUAGAUGAAAACACACGAGGAGCGCAUCCCCUUUGACUCCUCAGGUGGAGCAGCUUCAGAGCGGAAGCUACGGCGGCCGGUGAGGGUCGGAGCGCGGUGCCUGUGACCCGGGCGCCGCCUAGCGAGCCUUCUGCCGAGCGAAGACCUUCCGAGCAGAGACCCGGCGAGAGAGGAAGCGGAAAGCGGGGGCUGGCGGAGCUGUCUGAUAAUGGCCUGUACUAUAGAGAAGAUCCUGACGGAUGUAAAGGCCCUGCUGGAAAGGCUGAAAGAGCAUGACACUGCAGCUGAUUCUCUCAUUGACCAGUCCACCAUGUUGCACAAGCGGAUGGUGACUAUGAAAGAAGUUGGCACACCUCUUUCACACAAGGAAGAUACAGCUGAGCUGAAGGACAUGUCUAAAUACAAACCUCACAUUCUGCUGUCUCAGGAAAACACUCAGAUUCGAGAUCUGCAACAGGAAAACAGAGAACUGUGGAUCUCUUUGGAGGAACACCAAGAUGCUUUGGAACUUAUUAUGAGCAAAUACAGGAAACGUAUGCUACAACUCAUGAUCAAAAGAAAAGAUGUAGAUUCCCAACCAGUUCUAAAAGUGCAUCAAACCCAAUCUGAAGAAAUUGAGAAUCAGAUAGAUAGGAUUUGUGAGAUGGGAGAGGUGAUGAGAAAAGCAGUUCGUGCGGACAAUGACCAGUAUUAUAAAAUACAAGAAAAGCUAGCACAGUUGGAGCUUGAAAAUAAAGAGUUGCGAAAACUGCUAUCAAUCAGCAAAGAGUCUGUUGAAGUAAGGCAAGAAGAGCUAUCUGAUGACACAUCUCAAGCUAAAAAGCCAUCGCCGUUUGAACAGCUGAUCUGACAAAUUGGAAUUGUACUGCAGAAAAGUGUGUGCUUAUUUUUCACGUUGUUCGUUGCCCUCAUGUCUCCUUAUGGAUAUCAUUCCAGCCUUUUGCUGUAUUGUACUGUAUGCUUUGUCCAUAGCUUUCAAGUGGCACCUUCUGCUGGCUAAAGUUUGUCAUGUUUGAUCAUGCAAAGAAGUAUCUAUGUAGUCUUUUUCCUUAACAAAUGCUUUGUUUAGAAAUCUCAGUUGGACAAAACUAUUGAAUUAUUUUUUAACUUCUGCAAAGUAAAAAAAAAAAACACCAGAAAGAGCAAUAGGAAAGUCUAUAAACAGACCUCUUUACUUGCAAGCCUGUUAGUUUCAUUGCAAUUCAUGUCCAAGAAAAUACACUUACAACAGGUCUUUUUGUGCGAAGUGCAGCCGCUCCCAUUCUUAAUUUGACUUAAUUGGUGGUACAAGUAGUAUUUUAGACAUAUUUGCUGCAUCACUUCAAUAUAAACUAUGAAAUUAUAUGCUUCUUAGUGCCACCUAAUAAUAGUUGUCUGCAGGAGUAUAAUCUGGAACUCUGUGGUAGCCUUCCCCACCUGCUGGAUUUAAAAGGAAUUUUAACAUCUCUGAUCAUUGUGUUUGGCGCUAAUAGAAGUUGCAGUCCAAAUCAUUUGGAGGGCACCAGGUUAAGUAAGGUUGCACUAUAUACACGGAUAUUAUUCAUAUUAAUUCAGCACCUGCAGGCAGAAGAUGUGUAAACAUAAGUUUGCCAAAUACCUGAUUCAGAAUAGAUUUGUGCAUAUAUUACACUCAUCUACUUUUGUUCACAUCUCCUGCGUCCUUUGUUCAUAGAAACAUGUGAAACAAGGAUUUUCAGCUUAUAGUCAAUAAAAGAAGCCAAUAAAGGCUAUAGGUUCCACAUGGCAACCUGUCUCAUUGGAUACCAGGAGUGAGAGGAAAAACAGAUCUGCAUUACAUGCUGUGAAUAUUCCUUUUUUUUAGGCCCUGCACUUCUCAUGGGAAGAUUUAUGUCCCAUGCUACUUUGACUACAUAUUAUUGAAAUUUCCCAGAUAAUAAUUAAAGCAUUAUCCAUCUAAAAAUACUAGACUGUGGAAAUGAAUACAGUAUUUUAACAUAAUGUCUUCAUGAUAAAUUAAUGUGAAAACAACCCUGUUUCAAGAAAUAUUUCUGAACUUGGCAACUUUAUAGUGCUUCAGCAUGGUGCUGCAGAUAACACACAGUUGUGUUCUUCACUGGAGGAAAAAGACCCUGCUUCCACCCUGAAUAUUUUCAGAAAAGCGUUUUCUGGACAGACUUGAAGAGUUGGAAGGAAAGAUAAGCUAUAAAUGGUGUAGGAAUCACGGCAAGCACUAUUUUUCACUUACAGCCUUCUAAGGUGCCGUGUGUUAUCUUUUGUUUGUCUUGCAUUUCUAGCUCUGCCUGCAGAUUAAUAUAUCUCUGUAAUUGAUACAUCCCAUAAUGGUUUCACCAAUGUGUUUAUGAGUAUGCAGAUAAAAACAGAGUUUUAUUUAGUCUGUGUAGUCACAUGUCUGUGUAAAUGUCUUCAUCUCUUAGCAGGUUUCCUUCAGGAUAUUCUGUCCAAGAUGUUAUAGCCUGUAAUUAGGAACAUGUUUCUCUUCUAAAACCCCUGCUUCAGAAGGAUAAUUUUAAGUAUUCCUGCUUGUAAGCAGGCAGGGUUUCAGAGUGCACUCUGCACGCUUUACAGGCAUUGUCUGUGGCGCUUGUUGUUAUGAGUGUUGACUUGAGGCACAGAAAGAACACAGUCACACAAGUCCUUUCACUGCUACCUUUGCAAAGGAGAGUUAGGGAAGACAAGUCAGACUUCUCACAUUCUUCUUUUGGUGUUUUAAAUCCUCAGACUCAACUUUGAAUCUGAGGAUUUAAAGCACCAUAAGAAGAGGAUUGAGCUAAAAAAGCACUGCUGCUUUCAUGCAUUAUGCAAAUAUAGCUCAAUCACCAGGAUAGAUUCGGCUGCACACCAUCACUUUGCAGUGUAAUGCCUUAAAUGUAUGCCAUCAGUGCCACCUUCAGAAUCAACAAGCUCUUGUAAUGAGCAACAACAUGUGCUCAGUUUGUACAUAGAUUCUGGAUUGUUUUAUAAAUAUCCUAUAGGACCUUAUGAUAUAAAUGAAAGGCACCGAGGUGUUUUGCGGUGUUAUUCAUGCCUGUCAGCUUGCUCUGAUCAGUGAAUUUAAAAAUGUUCUCUUUACUUCUCAGGUUACUAAAUAUGUGUAUUCAUUCAUUAUUUUGUUGAAAUAAAUGUUUUGAGGCAAUAUA